AUCAGAAUUUGUUAAUUAAAAGUGCUGAAGUAAUUAUAAUUGAUAGUGAUAGUGACAAAGAAAAUUUAGAAUCUGAUAAUGAAUUACAAAGAUAUUUGUGGAAAACAAAAGAAAAAUGGUGUGUAUCGGAUUCUAGUAUAAACUUAGAACAG